AGAGUAGGGCGUGAUAUCGCGGCCUGUAGGUGGUUUUAUAAAAUAGUGUUAAUUUAAGUUUUUUUAGUACUUUAAGUGUUGUGAAAUGGCGCUGAAAAGUUUUGUUUUGUUGUCUCUGCUUUUGGCGUGCGUGGUCGCGCAAAAUAGAUAUCGAGUAUGCGUGUCUUCAACAAGCCAGUGCCAAGCUUUGGAGUUGGGUGAUUCUCAAGCCAUCUGCACCCCGGUUGAGUCCAGAGUGGACUGCGCGUUGCAGCUAGCGCGCGGCACAGCUGACGUGGGCUUCUUCAGCGAUGAGGAGCUCCUGGUCCUCGCCCAGACGCAGCCCAGCGACCACCGCGUCAUUGCCACUGUCAGGGACGUCACUAAACCAGGUGCGGUGUCCUUUCAGGCAGUGGCGGUGGUCCGCAACACACACACCAAUGGACUAGAGGGACUGCGUGGCAGCAAGUACUGCCACCCUGGCUUGGGCGAGGCUGCGCUGCGCUGGUCGCCGCGCGUUGAGAAAGAGCUUGAGACCAAGGCCGCCAACACCGACCGCUGCCCAGAGGUAGACCACAAGUUCAAGACAGCCGAGGAGAUGGAGGUGGCGGCUCUGAGCCACUUCUUCGGAGACUCCUGCCGCCCUGGAGCAUGGAGCGCCAACGCUACCGUUGACGCUGAACUUAAGCGUCGGUUCCCCAGCCUCUGCGCGCUGUGCGGCCCAAACUCCUCAUGCGACUACACCAUCGACAUGGGCGUCAAUGUAGCUGGCAUCAACAACAACAACGCACACGUCAAGGCCCUUGAGUGUCUCAGGACUAGUGGUGACGUCGCUUAUGUGGCGUGGCAGCAUGUCCGCGAGUUCUUCACGGUUCGCAACAACGACAUCACUGGUAACUUCUCCCUUCUCUGCCCCGACGGCACACUGUUAGCCCUCAACACCACAAACAUUGCUGCCACGAACGCGCCUUGUGCUUUCGUCUCUCAACACUGGAGCGCCAUCGUUGCUACUUCUGUCCGAGCCAACGAGAUCCAGACCAACCUGCGCACCUGGUGGCCCGGCGGCACCAGCCCCUCCGACAACUCCUGGCGCUCCACGCUGUACUCGGUGCUGGUGCCGCAGUCCUCGACCGCGCAAGUCACCAUGGAGGACACUCUGCUGUCACCCGCCAACUUCACUCAGACUAACCGCCCGCUGACAAGCAUCGACAGCGCAACAUUCUGCGUGCCUUCUCGCGUGUGGUGCACCGUCACAACUCAGGAGCUAGCCAAGUGUAACUGGGUGCGAGCUGCUGCUUACAGCUUGGGCAUCAAGCCAACGAUCUCAUGCGUGCUACGUUCCGACACCUUCCAAUGUCUACGAGAUGUGCAAGACCGCAACGUUGACUUUAUAGCCACUGCCUCCAACUACGGAUACCUCGCUAGACAACACUUCAGCCUGACACCAGUGAAGCUCGUUCAGAACCUGCACUCCGACCCGAAUUCUUUCUCUCGAGUAGUAGCUUUAGUGAGAAACAACUCGGACAUCACUCGCUUCGAGAACCUUCGCGGAAGGAAGGCCUGCUUCCCCGAAUAUGGAGGCAUCUCCUACGUGUCGUUCGUGCGUACUGCGCAAGUGCUUGGCGUGCUGGACGACAAAGAAUGCGACUACGCCAAGGCUGUGGGUGAAUUCUUUGAAGGCGCCUGCGCUCCCGGCGCUCAGGACGCCUCGCACGCCCUAGGGCAGUCGAACUACAACGUCACCAAUCUCUGCAGUCUUUGCAAGUCUCCUAACGCCGCUAGCAACUUCACCUGCGGUUGGGACCACUCUAACAACCUGUACUUCGGCAACAACGGUUCCUUGUCCUGCUUGGCUAACAACGACGCGGACGUGAUCUUCGUAGAGACCACCAAUAUUACUGAUUACCUGUCCGCCCUGAACCUGCAAGGCUCCCAGUUCCGCGCGAUCUGCAGUAACAAUACCUUAGCCCUCCAGAACGGAGUCAAUGUGGAUGACAACUGCUUGCUGGCUUAUGUGGUGGACUCCGAGGUGUUGACUAGAAGACAAGACGAAGCCUACAACAGCAUCAGCACUCUCCUCGACACCCUUGAAAAGUACUUCGGCUACGCCGCCUCAUCAGGUACCCAGCAUGUCAACAUGGAGAUCUUCUCGAGCUUCGAUGGAACCCGCGACUUGCUCUUCAAGAACACCGCCGUUGGCUUCUCAGAACCCACCAGAGCUACGACCAACCAGCCAGCUAAGAACUACAUUGAACUGUUCAGCCAUUUGCAAGCCUGUACAGGCGCUGGUAAUAACAUUCCGGUCCCUGGAUUGGCUAACAGGAGCUUCUAUUCCGUUCUGACUCUGAUUUUGUCUGCGCUGCUUACGCGUUUCAUUGUUUAUUAAGCUGUCAGCUCCGUUAGUUAGGGGUUAUUGCAACUAUUUUUGUCGGCCCUCUGAUGGGGACAGAGUUUAUGUUGUUUCCCUGUCCCUCUUAGCAGCAGAAUAGCAGAAAGUGUCCGACGAAAGGAUAGGUAAUAACCCCUUUAGUCUAUUAGCU